GAACCAUGAGCCUGCUGUCCGCCGGCUGCGUUGCGCUGGUCUGGCUGGCUGCCGGCCUGCUGGCAGUCGCCACCUGGCUGUGGGCCGCCCGCCGCCGGACGUCGAUCCCAGGACCCCCGGCGCUGCCGCUGCUGGGAAACGCGCUCAGCUUCUACCAGCUGCCCGUGCUGUGGGGCCGCCUCGCGGAGCUGCACAGUCGCUACGGGGACAUCUUCAGACUCUACGUGGGCCCGAAGCUGGUGAUCGUGCUAACACAGCCAGAAGACGUGCAGUGCCUGCUUUUGGGCAGCAAACCGCGACAACGCGAUGCCUACGUUGCGCACGUACUGCGUACAUUUAUGGGAGACGGGCUGCUCACCAUCAACGGCGAAACCUGGAAAAGACACCGAAAGAACAUCGAGCCAGCGUUCCAUAUAGAAGAGCUGGAGCAAUUCAUGGAGAAGUUCAACGACGCUGGGCGUUUCUUGUGCGAGCAGCUGGCGGAAAAUAAAGGAGCAGAGGUGGAACUGUACCAUCCACUCAUGCACACUACUUUUCGUGCGGCUGCAGCCACUAUUUUCAACAUCGACCUGGACUGUAUUUUACCAGGUCGUUUCCGGCAGGCUGAGGUGGUUGAUCUAGCGACUGAUUUCGGAAAAACUUUACCGGCAAUUAUAUACCGUCCAUGGACAACAGUCAACUUGACGAGGUGGAUGACUGCACAAGGUCGGAAACUAUCAAGAUUUAAUUCUGUUAUCAAAUACAUAAUUGAUCGUGGUUUUGCCUUAGGCAGCAAAAAUGUUGAUGGCCUAAAGGCCAAUGAUAGAACACUCCUCACCUUCCUUCUUAAGGAAGAACAUUCAGGCACGAGAUAUACUGACAAGGAAUUAAAUGAUGAACUUUGGCAACACCAACUGCUCCACCUGCUAGUGAAUCUAUAGUAGCAAAAUAUGGUAAUUCAGCCAACUGUAAUAGAAAAAACACCUUUGUGUUUUGUUGGUGCUGAAUUGUGUUUCUUUUAUGGUAGAGAUUCAGUAAGCUUCAUUACAACAGCUAUACGUAAUGUUACAAGUAGACUGCUACCAGUUCUUUAUCUCUCUUUCAUUUUCGUGUACCAGUUAAAGAGUUAUCAAUACUGUGCUACUGAUCAUUACUGAGCUAAAUUUUAAUUCAUUUUGGAUUAGUUUUGCCACCCGCUAGCAAAAUAUAGGCAAUGCUGAAAUUAUUCAUUCAUACAGAUAAAUUUUUUGUAGGGACUAAUGUUUUUAUAAACCCCAACUGUUUUCAUCCCUACCCAUACCCAUUUUCAUUUUCCAUGCAUUAUUCCUCUAAGUGUUGUUGCUGCUAAUUUUUUGCCAAGUGAUGCAUCUUUAGUGUCCAUUCUCUCUUGUGCACCUAACUGAAGUUCAUCAGCAUGAUGCCUAGAUUCUAAAUCUUUAUUAUCUCUGCAUGCAAUAUGAUACAUUUUACAAGCUGUAUCUAGUGGACUUCUAACUUUCUCACCAAGUGCUAGUUUUUCUUCUAGUUAAGUAAAAUGU